AUGCUUUUCAACUUCUGUGAUCCUCGUUUAAGACCAGAAAUUCAAUGCAGUACUGUUAGCACAGAAGGAUAUGAAGUCACCAAUUUAAUAACUGGUACUGAUAAAGGAUUUUUAGCAUAUGCUUGUAUCAAGCCUCCUAUAAAUAUCGACGUUACUUUUAUAUGUAACAUACGUAUUAAUCACAUUUUAAUUUGGCCACAAGUUGGCUCUCAAAAGUCAUCAGGUUUUCAAUUAUAUGCUAAGACUAGUAACGAUGCCAGUGUACCGUACAGUUUACUAGGCACUGAAUUUUUAGACACCACGCACACUGGAUUAUUGUUUUGUCCAAGUAAACAUGAAUCAAUUCCUGCACCAGCAAAUUUUUUGAAAUGUUUUACAAAAUCCUCCCUGCAAUACUUAACAACAUGCAUAAAUAGCUUAAGAAUUUGUAUAUGUAAAACAAAGAAUUCAGUACCUGCAUUAGGUAAGAUAGAAGUAUGGGGAACAGUGUCACCACGUUGUGGUAAAGAUACUAUAGCCAGUAUUUCUGCUUUAUGGUUCAAACAAUCUUGCUUAGCUGAAUCUGUGGAAAGGUCUGAAAAUGCUGAAUAUAAAACACCUGUUACUGAUACAGAUAAUAAGGAAAUAUUGGAAACAAAUCUACAAGUUCCAGAAAGUUUUUUAGAUGCCAUUACUUACGAAAUCAUGACACAGCCAAUUCUCUUGCCAAGCGGAAAAAUAAUUGACCAAACUACAUUACUGAAACACGAGGAAACUGAAGCAAUAUGGGGAAGGAGAUUGACUGAUCCUUUUACUGGUUUACCAUUUAGUGAAAAUCGUAAACCUGUUAUAGCAAGUGCUUUAAAAAUAAGGAUAGACAGGUUUUUGCUUGAAAAUUGCAAUAAUGAAGAAAUAAAAAAAUUACCAAGAGUGCUAGGUCGUGCAUUGCCCUCUGAUGGGAAUGUAACAGAUAAAACGGUAAAGGAAGUUCCUAAUUAUUUGUUAAAAAGAAAUAUAAUUCAAGUUCCAAACAAUAGUAAGCCAAAGUUUCAUUGCUCUAUAGUAAGUUCUGUAAAAGCAGAGAAAAAACUUUGUCAUAAAUUGCCAGUUGUUAUAAUGUCCCAAAAACGAACUGUUUCUGCUUUAACUAAACCAGCAAAGAAAAGAGUGACUGCCGAUUCCUAUACUUCAACUAUACCUCUGUCUAAAAACACAGAAGGGGAACAAAAAAAUAAUUCUAUUGAUAUAGUGGAUCUAACUGUUGAUAAUGAAACAGAUUUCGAUAUUAAUAUAGCAGUACCUAAUUUAAAACGUUUUAAUAACAUUCCAAAAAAGAACGAGACAAAUUCGAAAUUAAUUACGUGUUCCUGUUGCCCUAAUGGCAUUUUUUACCAGCUUCCAUGUAAACAUGUUCUAUGUAGAAAUGUCUUAACAUCGAUUGAAAAUAACCAAUGUACAUCUUGUAGCAUGCCUUAUAAAAAUAAUGAAAUAGAACGGAUUUAUGAAUGAAUUGUGUAAUGAACUUAUUAUUACUAACGUAAUGCAUUUUAUUUAAAUAAAUUAACUUGUUGGAAUAUAUGCACAAUUAAUGUAACAUUAAUUAAUGAAUUACAUGCAAUUAAUACAAAAUACCAUAUUUUGAAUAUAGUCCUCCCUGGUGGCACUAAUAAGUAAAAUCUUUAACUGAUUCGCGACCGGAUACUUGGGCCAAACAUAAAUAUAACAAGCCGAGCUUGUAAACUGUUUUUUUGCCCGUUGUCUGGUCUGUUUCGACGAACUAACUGGCACGGGAAGGGUUUAAAUUAGAAAAGUUUUGUUUCUAUUUCUUUUUUAGAUUCUUUUAUCAUACAGUGAUUUGUGUUAAAAAACUUGCCAUCUAUAUAAUAAAUAGGUUACAUCAUAAUAAUGAAAGAUAUUUGUAUAAAAAAUUACAGUCUCUGAUACAAUACUCUUCUCUCUCUUAAGGAUAUAUGAAUCUCUUCUAUUUACAAAGUGAUUAAAAAUACAAAUGGUUAAAUAUAUAUCUAUAGUGGCGUUGAUAAUGUUA